AACAUCAUUCAACUUUCUCAAAGGUAUCGAAUCAGCACGCGAGAAGCUCUAUAUAUAAAACCGAUCGAGGAGGAGCUAGCAGCUCGAGUGCAGGUCCGCAGCAGGUGUCCAGAACCCCAGAACCCAGCGAGCACACAAGAAUUCAAGCAGCAGCGCGAUGAGCUACCCACGCAGCAGCAAGAGCGACCCAACGACGAAGAAACAGGCAGCGGCGGCGGCGGUGGCGUCAGAAGAACAGCAGGCAAAGCAUGCAUCAUGCACAUCAAUUAUAUAUGGACUACGUACGCAGAUGAUAAAUGAGGUGCGGGAACUCCUGCGGCCGGCGGAGAUGCCGGGCUUCUUGACGGACUCCACCGUCCGCCGCUUCCUCCACGCUAGGAGCUGGAGCGCAGCGCAAGCCACCAAGGCUGUCAAGGAAACCGUCAAGUGGAGGCGCCAGUACAGGCCGGACGAAAUCCGUUGGGAUGACAUUCCUGGAAGGGAGCAUGAGGUGAAGAGAGCGUACAUAGCUGACUACCUCGACAAGGAUGGCCGGACUGUGGUGGUAACAGUGCCGGCGAUAAAGAGCCAAAUUUCAGCGAAGGAGCAGGUGAAACUACUAGUUUACACCUUGGAGAGCUGUACCGCGGGCUCAGAAAACGGGCAAGAAAGUGUUGUUUGGAUAGCUGACUUCCGUGGAUGGACACUGUCAAGUACUCCGUUGGCACAGUCACGUCAAUCGAUGAACAUCAUUCAGAAACAUUACCCAGGGCUGAUAGCAGCCGCGAUCCUUUUCGACCCUCCAAAGAUCUUUGAAUCCUUUUGGAAGAUGCUAAGUUACUUCAUCGAGCCGGAGCUGGAAAAGAAGGUGAAAUUCGUGUACACUGACAAUCCUGAGAGCCAGAGGAUAAUGGCCGACAUGUUUGACAUGGAGAAGCUGGACUCCGCAUUUGGUGGCCGCAGCGCGUCUGGCAUCGACGUUGCCAAGUAUUCCGAGAGAAUGCGAACAGGAGAUCAGAUUAGGGGUCUUCGCUAACGGCAAAUGGAAUACUGCUAUCUCACAGUUCGUCAAGAAACUGUUCAGAUAACAAGAUAAUUAAAAUGGAUCACUACGGAAUUCUAGUGGUUACAUCACAACAGACCAGGAUGAAUUAUGAUGUCUGCUAGAUAUAUUAUUAGCUCUGAAUGAUUGGGAUACCAGGUUUUUGAUGAUCCGUGUAAUGAGAUGACAUGACAAUAUAUACAUGGGCCGUCCACACUGUGAGCAGUCUCUAGUCUAUAUCUA